CCACCACGAGGCUCGGGAUGACAUGUGGGGGGCGUGGCGUGUGCGGCUCGCCCGCCGCUCUGCCGCCCCUUCAGCGCAACCCUCUGGAGGCAUCGGUUGUUAAAAGAUGCUUCCGCUCUUUGCGAAGCCUGGCGCUUCUCGCAUGGGGACUCGUCUACUUCGGUUCGCACCUCUGCUGCUGGGUGCUGCCCUCCACCAUCUUGAUGACGCUGUGGUCGUCGCGGCCCUAUGACUUUCUCUUCGAGCGGCUCAUCCAGACGUGGGCAUGCUCCCUGACGCUGCUGAGGCUCUUCGACGUCUAUGCGAGUGUCGAGCCGGGCGUGUACGAGGCCGUGAGGAGGGCCAGGGUGCGGAUCAUCGUGUCCAACCACCGGGCGGAGCUUGACCUGUGCAGUUUGCCCGCACUUAUCGGUGGGCUGCACCCUGACAGCUGCGGGCAGCUAUUCGCUAUCGCCAACAGCUUCCUUGUGGAAAUGGUGCGCAUGGCACGCAGGAAAGGGAAAGCGAGCGGUGCCGUGCCAGUCACUGCACUGCCUCCCAUGCAUCCAUCGUGUUGUGUGUCGUUUGUUCAGGUACCGUUCAUCGGGUGGACGUAUCACUAUGGGGGCAUUCUGUCGAUAUUCUACAACCAGAAGGAGCGCAACGCACGCACACUUGACAAGGCACGCAUACACACACACACACACAGACAUUCACACACACACACACAGACAACAAAGGAGACUUCUUGCCUUGCCUUGCAUGUCUGUCUGAACAGGUGGUUGAUUUGCUCAAGAGCGGCAAGAAAUCAUGGUUCUUUUUCUUCCCCGAGGGCAACACAUGGUCGCCAGCCAAAGCCAGGAAGGGCUCGGCCCAGCUACAGGCGCAAAUCGCCAACCACACAGACAAGGAAGCGGCCGGCAGCCCCCCACAGCAGCAGCAGCAGCAGCAGAACGGCUUCCCAGCACUGCUCAACGGCAAUGGCGGCAGCAACUGCGAGACCACCGACAGCAGCGCGUCUUGGGUCAGCCAGAGGAGGCGAGUGCGGGGGGGCACGGUCGAGUCGACGGCCGCUGACGGGAGUAGUGCGAGGCCUGAGGCGCCCAACCUGCUGCCGCUGUACUGGGGGUGCUAUGACCGGCUGAGAGACGACCUGCCUGUGUCGGAUGACGUCUGCUGGUCAGUCAGCCAAGUGACACAGCAGCAGCCCAAGAGGCCUUCCUUGCAGAAAUGCAUGAAGGUGUUGUGUUUGUGGUGGUGGUUGUGGUGCUGUGUUGCUGCGGCAGGUUGGAGGUGACGAGUGCGAUGCCUGACGUGCCCAACAGGCUGGCGUACACGUGGCGGCCGCCAUGCACCCUCCUCGGACACCCAUCCUACCCCGACUACCUCAUUAUGCAUGUCAGGUAAAUCAGACACAGACAGACAGACAGACGACAGACCGCACCCACGGGCGGAACUCAUUCACAACUGUGGGUGUUAAUGCUUGGCCAUCCAUCCAUCCAUCCGUGUGUCAGGUUGUGCAGUGCGUGUGACGUGUCCAGCCACGAGUCGCUGCAGAGGAUGUGGGCACGGAAGAGCCAAUACCUCGACAGGCUCGCCAAUGGGGACUUGCACGUGUACGAUGACAGCAAGCGCCUGCAGCAAUGGACCAGACUCAGGUGCAUUGCUUGCAUGACAUGAAGGAAACCAACACGCCACACAUGCCUGUGAUGCGUGUGUGUAUCCGCUCCUGGAUGUUGGUUUGGACGGACAGGUUUUGGACAUGGUGGAACAUAUGGGGGCUCGGCGUCCCUCUGGCAGCGACCAUCAUCACCCUCGUCUACCCCCUGCUAUCCCUCCUGUGGUGUGUGGUGACCUGCACCCUCCUCCUGACCGUCACAUGGACGUGGACGCCCUACUACACGCCCCCCGUCAAGGCGCCAUCGCCCUCGAGCACAUCCCCGUCUACCCCGUCCAGCGGCGUCAAGACGUCCGCAUCGCUUAUCGACGCGGCAAGAGACAAGGCAGCCACCGAGAGGGGAGGACGUCCGAGGUUCUUUCCGCAGGGAGAGUGAUGGGAGUGAGUGGUCGGCGGCCGGCCGAUUGACGGAUGGAUGGAUGGAUGGAUGCCGACGCCACCUGCGUGUGCGUGGACGCGUUUGUUGUUUGCUUUUUGGUCG